AUGUCACAUCCAUAUAAUCUUACAUUAGAUAUACCGUUUGAAACAUCAAAUCAAGCUAAAAUAGCUCGUACAUCUUUGGAACCGGAUCCAAUACUUAAAGCUGAUGAAUUAACUAUUGAUUUUUCUACACAAGAAAAUGUUUUACAAGUAAAAUUCUCAGGUGUUAGUGAUAGAGUACUUCGAGUGGCAAGUAGUAAUUUAAUGAAUAAUCUUAAAACUAUAAUUGAAUGUAUGGAUGAAUUUGAUGGUAAAAAGGACCAAAUUUUCGAUAUUCAGGAUUACAAGAAUAAUGGUUAG